CUUAUAUUUCAUCGGAAUAUUGAUAAGAAACUCAUGUAUUGUCAGAACCGUAUUCUUUUGUAUUUUAAUAAUUACCUCAAUUUAUUUUAUUUAAGGCAGUUACCCGCAAAACACUCCGCAAAACCAAAAUUUCAGACAUUCUAAUUCAUCCCAAAGGUCACAAGAAAGGUACUCAAUGUAUGUACACAUGUACGUAGCUUGAUAACAGAUUUGCUGAUGGGUCUCAUUUUGCGACGAUGAGUAUAAAAGGCCUUUUUCUGAGCAAACAUAAUUCAGUGUUCAUUGUUCGUCGGUAAGAUGAAGGCAGUUACUUCAAGAGUGUUGGGUUCGAUCCUAGUGUUAUUAUUGAUACAUUUAACAUCAGCAAAAGAAGCGGAGGUUCACUUAACAAAUCCUCCAACAGAAUGCAGACUGGUGUGUAAUCCAGGGUAUCAUAUCGUGGUUAAAAAGGGUACCUUGUAUCAUAAUGGUAGGAAGCUUGACGAUAAUGCACGGUAUGCGCCGAAGAUGGCGUGUGAUUUGGAGAACAGUUGCAACUUUAAAUUUACGCCACAAACAUUAAGUUACAUGAAUACAGCAAUUAAUGUAGGCACACAACUAACUAUUAAUUACGACUGCAAGCGGGAUAACUUCCAAGGAGAUCCGAGAAGGAUAACAGAUUAUACGAAAACGCAAGGAUGUCCGCAAGACUCUUUUGUUCAGAAACACGUCGCAUAUUUUAACGAUGAAAAUAUUGCUCCCAAGAGGGAUACACCUGUCGCGCAAAGGGAAAGGGAAAUGAUUGCCAUGGGCGUAUGUGCUCAGGUCAAACGUUUUAGGCAAAACAACCCAAGAACGCCCAUCGAUCCACAUCUUGGCACAGUGUACUUGAUAUUUGACAAUAGAACAAGUAAAAAUGAUUUCAUGCCGAGUCCUGAUGUUAGAAAGUGCCAACUUAAGCCCAAUUCUCUGACCAAGACAUACAAGUAUGAUUGCGAGAGGAAAGCGGAUAAAUGGACAUGUACUUUUGCCAGCAAGGGAAGGGACUUGGCCAUAAAUGACAAGAUUACAAGUCACUUAGGAUGAUUAUCAUUUUAUUGUAUAGGACUCAAGGCUCAAAUGGGAAUGCAAGACACAGCGGACUAAUUUUAUUCCAAACGAAAUUUUAAAUAUACAUAUAUGCAAUUGAUCAAAUUCGUAAUAAAAAUAUGAAU